UUGUUUUGUUUGAAAGCAUCACAAAAGGUGCAAAGGCACUGCAGAAAACUAAGUCAUUUUAUGGUGUACAAAGGACGUUAUCGACACAAUUUAAUACAAAUUCAUUUUAUGUCCAGUAUUUUUAAUUAUUAUUUAAUUUAUCCUGUUCCUGUUUGAGUACAUAUGAUUACACGAGCCGCGUUUCGGAUUCCCCGUAAUAAGAACCAAGCACACCCAAUGUGCCGCUACUACUGUGCGUGCUGCUUGAGGUGCGUGACAGACCAGACGAGCUCGGCUCAAGUGGAGCUGGUGCAAAAGGUCACAUUCACUAUUUUUGCAAGAGGCAACAUCCAAAAUGGUGUUCCUGUCUUGUACCCUUUGGGCGAGAAGCCGCGGACCUGACAGAUACUGGAAGGUCCAAGAACUCCUCAAGCAUGCUCGGCACUUCAGAGGCAGGAAGAACCGAUGUUACAGUCUGGCUGUGCGGGCGGUGAGGAGGGCUUUUGUCUACGCGACUAAAGGUCGCAAAUUGAAGAAACGCAACAUUAGAACGCUUUGGAUUACACGUAUAGCAGCAGCAUCCCGAGAGCAUGGCAUGAAGUAUCCCGUCCUCAUGAACAACCUAACAAAGAGCAGCGUGCAGCUCAACCGAAAGGUUAUCAGCGAGCUGGCCGUCACAGAGCCUCGGUCGUUCCUCUCGCUUGCCAAGCUGGCCAGAGCCCGGCAACAAGAAGGCUUCUGUGCAGCGUUGGGUGACGGCAAAGAGCCUCCUGGUGUCUUCUCCCGUGUGGUCGUGCAGCAUUAAUGGACUCAGAUUGUGGAGAUGUUUAUUAAAAUAACAGAGUUGACGCGUACAUUUUUUUAUUUAACAUUGGUUCUCCGCUGCGUACGGUUUUGUUUUGUCAUGUGAUAUUAUUG